AUGGGUUUCAUUGGAAAUGCCGCUUACCUCGUCUUCCACCCGCUGCAAUUGAGAUCUAUCAUUCAGUGGAAGGUUUGGCACAACCCUCCUCAUGAGCGCGAUGCGAAGAACGACACCGAGACCCAGAAGCAGUGCUUCAAGUUCCUGGACUUGACCAGCCGCAGCUUCAGCGCCGUGAUCAAGGAGCUUCACCCGGAGCUGCUGCUGCCCAUCUGUGUCUUCUAUCUCGUCCUCCGCGGUCUGGACACCAUCGAGGAUGACACCUCUAUUCCCUUCGCGACCAAGGAGCCGCUCCUUCGGAAUUUUAAGGACGUCUUGACGCAAGAUGGUUGGAACUUUACCGGCAAUCGCCCGGAGGAGAAGGAUCGGGAACUGCUGGUUCAGUUCCAGAACGUUGUCGCUGAGUUCAAGAACAUGAAGCCCGCCUACCAGGCAAUCAUCAAGGACAUUACGGACAAGAUGGGUAAUGGCAUGGCGGACUACUGCGCUAAGGCGGAGAAGGACGACGCGAGCGUGAAGACCAUUGAGGAGUACGAUCUGUAUUGCUACUACGUCGCCGGUCUAGUCGGUGAGGGUCUUACCCGUCUGUUCGUCGAGGCUGAGUUCGGCAACCCCGCUCUUCUCAAGCGCCCCAAACUCCACAAGUCGAUGGGUCUCUUCCUGCAGAAGACCAACAUCAUCCGUGAUAUCCGGGAGGAUUUCGAUGACAACCGGCGGUUCUGGCCCCAGGAGAUCUGGUCGAAGCACGUUGACAACUUUGAGGAUCUCUUCAAGCCUGAGUACAAGGAGGCGGCACUUAACUGCAACUCAGAGAUGGUCCUCAAUGCUUUGGAGCAUGCCGAGGAGUGUCUCUUCUACCUGGCUGGUCUGCGCGAGCAGAGUGUGUUCAACUUUUGCGCCAUCCCCCAGUCGAUGGCCAUUGCCACCAUGGAACUGUGCUUCCGCAACUACGACAUCUUCGAGCGCAACAUUAAGAUCACCAAGGGUCAAGCAUGCGAACUCAUGACGGAGUCCACCCAAAACCUUCACGUUCUGUGCCAGACGUUCCGGAGAUUGACCCGCGCAAUUCACAAGAAGAACACUCCUAAGGACCCCAACUUCCUGAAGAUCAGCAUUGUUUGCGGCAAGAUUGAGAAAUUCAUCGAGACCAUCUUCCCAACCCAGAAGGCCGAAGAUGCUCAGCGCCGAGUUACCGGUGAAAUUACCGCAGAGCAGGCCAAGAAGCGCGAAGAAGACGCCGAAAACAAGUCCGACGUCUACUUCUUGAUGGGUCUCAUGGGCAUCAUCAUCCUCUUCGUUGCCGGUACCAUGAUGUUCGCGGCCUGGAUGCUGGGUGCUCGAUUCGACCUGGCCUGGAAAGAGAUCACAUCCGGUAAUUUGAGGCCUCCCAGCUACUACAAGGAACAGGGCCAGAUCCACGGAGAGCUCUAA